CGGAGCGCGGCUGCUGGUGCCGCUGCCGGAGCAGAGGGAGGAGGUGGCGCGUCCCUAGAGGCGUGCGCCGGGACAGACGGACCGACGGACCGACGCGCGAAGGGAGAGGGCCGGCGGCGAGAAAGCUGCUGGCAUUGUGGGACCGCUUCAGGGCUGCCGAACGAACGCCAACUUGCUUCGUGCGUUGCGGGCAGGUCUGGGGCAGGUGGCAGCCCCGUGAUCCACCAUCAUGCAUGGAGACGGACUUUUUGAUGAAACCCAGAGCAGUCGAUGCCGACCAGGGCGAUUUGGCUGUCAAAGGUUUUGACAAAACCUGCCCUGUUCCCUUUGGGGAAUCCGAAUGAGGGAGAUUACAGACACCUUCACUGAGAAGCCAAGGACAUUUCUGUAUAAUCAGUGGAUGAAAGGAUUUUCUCAGACUCUUUUUUUUCCUUUUCCUUGAGGAUUAAUCCACCGCAAUCUACAAUUACAGUGGAAACCACAAGGCACAGGAUGUGGCAGGAGCCUCCAGCGCCGUCCGAAUUGUUCUGGACCCUUCCUUUAGCCUAGGGGAGUUUAACACUUGCCACCCGCCGCCCCUCCCCCACUCCCUCCUGCUGAGCUCUUUAACCUGUUCUCAUUCCCUGAGUUAAGUUCUGUUUCCAAAACUGUCUUCUGGAGCUAUAAGUGGAUUGCCAGAAAUGAGAGAUUAAGUGCUGGGAGAAGAGGAAGCGCCCUGUGUUGUGUCUCCUCUCAGCUGCCGACAUGAAGUGCUUUUUCCCAGUGCUGAGCUGUCUGGCUGUGCUGGGGGUAGUGUCAGCACAGCGGCAAGUCGCCGUCCAGGAAGGACCCUUGUACCGCACAGAGGGCUCCCACAUCACCAUCUGGUGCAACGUCAGUGGCUACCAGGGGCCUUCUGAGCAGAAUUUCCAGUGGUCCAUUUACCUGCCCUCCGCCCCUGAGCGCGAGGUCCAGAUUGUCAGCACCAUGGACUCUUCCUUCCCUUACGCCAUCUAUACCCAGCGUGUCCGCAGCGGAAAGAUCUACGUGGAGAGGGUCCAGGGGAACUCGGCUUUAUUACACAUCACCGAUCUACAGGCCCGGGAUGCUGGGGAGUAUGAAUGCCACACGCCCAACACCGAUGAGCGAUACUUCGGGAGUUACAGUGCCAAGAUGAACCUCGUGGUGAUCCCGGACUCCCUGCAGUCCACUGCUGUGCGCCACACUCUGCACAAAGUGGAGCAGGACCCCCUAGAGCUCACGUGUGAGGUGGCCACGGAGACGCUGCAGCACAGCCACCUGUCCGUGGCCUGGCUACGGCAGCGGGGCGGCGAGAAGCCGGUGGAGGUCAUUGCCCUGAGCCGGGAUUUUGUGCUGCAGUCGAGCAGCGACUACGCGCAGAGGCAGAGCCUGGGGGAGGUGCGCCUGGACAAGCUGGGGAGCAGCACCUUCCGCCUCACCGUCUUCCACUUGCAGCCCUCCGACCAGGGCGAGUUCUACUGCGAGGCCACCGAGUGGAUCCAGGACCCAGACGGCUCGUGGUACCCGAUGACCCGAAAGCGUUCCGAGGGGACUGUGGUCAACGUCCAGCCCACAGACAAAGAGUUCACCGUUCGGCUGGAGACGGAGAAGCGGCUGUACACGGUAGGUGAACCGGUGGAGUUCAGGUGCAUCCUGGAGGGGCAGAACACUCCCGACCGUUACUUUGCCGUCUCCUGGGCCUUCAACAGCUCGCUCAUUGCCAGCAUGGGGCCGAACGCUGUGCCAGUCCUCAACAGUGAGUUCACCCAUCGGGAGGCCAGGGGCCAACUCAAAGUGGCCAAGGAGAGCGACAGUGUCUUCGUGCUGAAGAUUUACCACCUCCGCCAGGAGGACAGUGGGAAAUACAACUGUCGUGUGACAGAGAGAGAGAAAACAGUCACCGGGGAAUUCAUCGACAAGGAGAGCAAGCGUCCCAAGAACAUCCCCAUCAUCGUCCUCCCCAUCAAGAGCAGCAUCUCGGUGGAGGUGGCCAGCAAUGCCAGCGUCGUCCUGGAGGGUGAGAAUCUACACCUCUCCUGCAGCAUCCGCACAGCGGGUAGACCACUAGGCCGCUUCUCCGUCAUCUGGCAGCUGGUGGACAGGCAGAACCGCCGCAGCAACAUCAUGUGGCUGGACCGGGAUGGCACCGUGCAGCCUGGCAUGUCCUACUGGGAGCGCAGCAGCUUUGGGGGCGUCCAGAUGGAGCAGGUGCAGCCCAACUCGUUCAGCCUGGGCAUCUUCAACAGCAGGAGGGAGGACGAGGGCCAGUACGAAUGCCACGUGACCGAAUGGGUGCGGGCAGUGGAUGGCGAGUGGCAGGUCGUGGGGGAACGCCGGGCCAGCACCCACGUGUCCAUCACGGCUCUCGAAACGGGCUUUGCAGUCACUGCCAUCUCCCGCACGCCGGGGGUGACCUACAGUGACUCCUUUGACCUGCAGUGCAUCAUCAAACCCCAUUACCCCGCCCGGGUCCCCGUGUCAGUGACGUGGCGGUUCCAGCCGGUGGGCACUGCCGAGUUCCAUGACCUGGUGACCUUUACCCGGGAUGGAGGAGUCCAGUGGGGGGACAGGUCCUCCAGCUUCCGGACCCGAACGGCCAUUGAAAAGGCUGAGUCCAGUAACAACGUCCGGCUGAGCAUCAGCCGGGCCAGCGACACGGAGGCGGGCAAGUACCAGUGUGUGGCAGAGCUAUGGCGGAGGAACUACAACAACAGCUGGACGCGGCUGGCCGAGAGGACCUCCAACCUGCUGGAGAUCAGGGUGCUGCAGCCAGUGACAAAGUUGCAGGUGAGCAAAUCAAAGAGGACCCUCACCCUGGUGGAAAACAGGCCCAUCCAGCUGAACUGUUCAGUCAAGUCCCAGACCAGCCAGAACUCCCACUUCGCCGUGCUCUGGUACGUGCACAAGCCCUCAGACGCCGACGGCAAGCUCAUCCUCAAAACAACCCACAACUCCGCCUUUGAGUACGGCACCUACGCCGAGGAGGAGGGCCUGAGAGCCAGGCUGCAGUUUGAGAGGCACGUGUCCGGGGGUCUGUUCAGCCUCACUGUCCAGAGAGCCGAGGUCAGCGACAGCGGCAGCUACUACUGCCACGUGGAAGAGUGGCUGCUGAGCCCCAACUACGCCUGGUACAAGCUGGCAGAGGAGGUUUCGGGGCGCACGGAAGUCACUGUGAAGCAGCCAGACAGCCGCCUGAAGCUCAGCCAGGCGCAGGGCAACCUGUCGGUUCUGGAGACGCGGCAGGUGCAGCUGGAGUGUGUGGUCCUGAACCGCACGAGCGCGGCCUCGCAGCUGCUGGUGGAGUGGUUUGUGUGGAAGCCCAACCACCCGGAGCGGGAGACCUUGGCCCGCCUGAGUCGUGACGCCACCUUCCACUACGGAGAGCAGGCGGCCAAGAACAACCUGAAGGGCCGGCUGCACUUGGAGAGCCCUUCCCCGGGCGUGUACCGGCUCUUCAUUCAGAACGUGGCGGUGCAGGACAGCGGAACCUACAGCUGCCGCGUCGAGGAGUGGCUGCCCAGCCCUGGCGGCACGUGGUACAGACGGGCAGAGGACACCGCUGGCCAGACGGCUGUUCGAGUCAUGAGACCAGAUGCCGCCCUGCAGGUAGACACGGUGGUCCCCAAUGCCACGGUGUCCGAGAAGGCAGCUUUCCAGCUGGACUGUAGCAUCGUGUCUCGCUCCAGCCAGGACUCCCGCUUCGCUGUGGCCUGGUACUCGCUGAGGACUAAAGCUGGAGGGAAAAGGGGCAGCCCUGGCCUGGAAGAUGGGGAGGAGGAGGAGGAGGAGGAGGAGGAGGAAGAGGAGGAAGAGGACCCCACAGAGCGGACAGCCCUGCUGAGCGUGGGCCCAGACGCUGUCUUUGGCCCAGAGGGCAGCCCCUGGGAGGGCAGGCUUCGCUUCCAGAGGCUCUCCCCGCUACUCUACCGGCUCACAGUGCUGCAGGCAAGCCCUCAGGAUACGGGCAACUACUCCUGCCGCGUGGAGGAGUGGCUGCCCAGCCCUCAGAAGGAAUGGUACCUGCUGACGGAGGAGGAGUCGGCCCCCAUCGGCAUCCGGGUUCUGGACACAAGUUCCACCCUGCAGUCCAUCAUCUGCUCCAACGACGCGCUCUUCUACUUCGUCUUCUUCUACCCUUUCCCCAUCUUUGGCAUCCUUAUCAUCACCAUCCUGCUGGUGCGCUUCAAGAGCCGGAACUCCAGCAAGAACUCCGACGGGAAGAAUGGGGUGCCCCUGUUGUGGAUCAAGGAACCACACCUCAACUACUCCCCCACUUGCCUGGAGCCCCCUGUGCUCAGUAUCCACCCAGGAGCCAUAGACUAAAGGGA